CUGCUUUUUCAAUUCUACAAUGGGAGGAUUAAUUAGCUCAAAACAGAUGAAUCAAAAGCUUCAGAAAGAACUUAAGCCGAGCCACUUCAACCAUGGAGAGAAGUGUAUAUGAACGCAAUGGAGUCGGCUGAGACCAACUUAAAAAUCAACAUAAAAAAACACAAGAUAAAGGAUCUCAAAAUAACUCUUGUUGGGCAUGCUGGAGCUGGAAAAUCAACUUUCAUCAACUCAGUAUUUUCAACUUCACGUGGGCGGAUGGUCGACCUAGUUGGCGUUAAAAGCGAAAACGUCGCAGGACUUGGGACACUUAAAUUUGAUGGUACAAAAGCUGGCCCCGAUGACAUGUUUCAGUCGGUUACAUUUUUUGAUACGAUGGGUUUCUCUCGAUCUGGGAAUAAAUGCAGUGGCAUUUCGGAAGCAGAUCUGAAACGUGUUUGCAACGGAGAAAUAAAAAUUCGCCACCAGUUCAACUUAGAUACCACCAAAGCGGCAACACCGAAGUACAGACCCAAUUGUGUUAUAUUUGUUGCCAGCGCCGAAGUUAUGCUCAAUCUUGAUAUCAUGACAGACAGUACACUAAAAGACCAAUUGAAGGGAUUGAAUGCUUGCGUACCGAGAGAUAUUGCAAAGAUUGCAGUUGUCACAAAAUGCGAUAACAUAUGCAAUGACACAGCUAAAGACGCUUCGAAUAUCUUUAAAAGUCGGAUUGUCGAACGAGUCGUGAAAAGAGCAGCUUCAACUUUCGGCCUUCAGGAAAACAAAGUAUUUCCUAUCGUGAAUUACACGAAAGAAGUUGAAACGAAUACAAAACUAAAUGUACCAAUAAUGUACGCACUUCGGUACGCUCUUGAUUAUGCAACGGACAGAGUAGAAGAUCCGUUAUCCGACGAAGAUUAACGUACUGUCGCAACAUUUUGCCUGAGAUCAUCCCGGAAACUUGUUAUUAACUGUAAUUAUGUUUCGUGAUUUCCUCGUUUACCAGUUUAAGUUUUUUAUUAUUUAUAACAGUUGUUCAUCAGAAAUCUUUAUAUUAUUUCUUAAAGUCUAAAAACCCUACAAAUGAACCAAAAAUAGACAAAAAGUACCAAAACAAUUAUUAUAAGCUAAUUUUGAGAAGGACGUAAGAUUGUUCAAGAAAUUAAGACCUGAGUUUCACUUUCAAAUUGAAACGUUAUUUGUUUACCGAAAAACUGGCCGAUUGCACAGUGAAAUAAUUAUAGGAAACGUGACAUUUAACAGCAUGACUCAAAUUAGUGAAAAGCAAUUUAACUUAGGAAAUAAGCACAGUGAAUAACAUAGUCAAUAUUAUUAUGCUUUGACAAAAACAACAUUUCUAGCUUUUACAAACAAGAUCUAAACACCGUAUAAAAUCAAAGCGCUUAAAGCGUUGAAUGGCUUUCGGCUAGAAACGUUUUGUGAGUAUAGUCAUGCAAUUGUAUAACAUAAUUAUUGACAUAAACAUCUAUAGAUAGUAUAUUCUCGCUCAGAAUUUCCUUUGCGAAAACUUUUAGAGUUUAAUGUCGAUUCUCAAUGAGAUCAUAAAGUAUAAGUGUCUUGAAAUCAGGAAUACGCCAAAUAGUUACUUAUAAGGUUUGGAGUAAUUCUCAAUAUCAUAUACAACCUUAUCUGAAGCUUUAGUUUCACAGACAAUGCACUGCCACGGAUAAAGCAUUAAAAAAUUGUUGGUAAAAUCUACUCUGCACUUCAAACUUGACUUAAUCAUUAUUGGCACAGCUCCAUUUGACAGCUUCCUGUUUUGCUUGAUAGGCAAUUUCUUUGUUGCAACAUUAAGUCGAUUACCUUUUUUAUAAGUGUAACGAUCCUGCAUUAGGAUGUUAUUGACAUUUGCUAAAAUAAAACGGGACUGCCGUUGUCCUUCUACAACGAAACGGUGACCAACUUAAGGCCGGUCAGAAAUUGGAAAAUGAUAUUGCCGGUCUAGCAUGACAGCAAAACAACUAAAAUAUUAUUUUUUAAUAGAUUUUUCUGUUGAUGCUACACUCCACUCCAUGCGGAACUUCAACUUUCCUCGGUAACUCCGUAGGUUUACAAGUAAAUUCCACCGAGUACGCAACUCGUUUUCCGCGCUAAAAUCCACCAAGUUUCACUGAGUUGAUCGUUUUCCACGGAGGGUUUUAUUAUCGGUAGUGCCGAUGAUUGCCACAUCGUAUUGAUUUAUUGCCGGUGUUUGCCGGAUCGUAUUGAUUUAUCAAUUUCGAAGCGAAACUCCGCGUUUUAUGCAUUGCUACUACAUUGCUACUAUUGAUAUUAAAUAAUAAAUUGAACACAUGUAAAGUUAUUUGAUGAUGAUGAUGAUGAUGAUGAUGAUGAUGAUGAUGAUGAUGAUGACUACUAAAUAUGACCUCAUUUUAGUUUACCAUCCUUUUUCGUUUUGAGAGGGGCAAAACAGUCUUAAUUCUAACCUUAAUUUUAGUAGAAUAGAAUUUAUUAGUUUAAUAUUUGGAAUGCCCUGUUUUUCCAACAUGCUUAAAUAUAUGUAUGUGUGUAUAUUGAGUAUUGCACCUGCAUGAAUCCUUAUUCAAGGUUCAAAUACGAUGAAAGCAGUAUUUAGUAUUUUAAUGAGUUUAAAAGCGAGUGGAUUGCAUUUUAUUUAAGUGAAAGUUAACGAGGCAGCCUUUUGAUCGAAUAAACCUUGUCUGAAACAUGUGCUCGUACGCAACUUUCGGGAAGAUUCCAUGAUAGGGUUAUAUCAGUCUUAGUAGGAAUGUACUUUACUUGUAUUUUCAAACAGUUUGGAAAAAAUGUCCCUUGCAAUUUAAAAAUUGUUUUUGGACAUAUGUCCAUUAAUUGCAAUAUUAAAUUAAACUUCUUCUUGAUCAUAAUUACAAGCUACGCGUUAAACGUGGAUUAGAUAACUGAUUCAAUGAACAUAGUCAUUGGAUGCAUUCAAUAUUUUAAAUUUAUGAGUAUUUUAUUGCAAGGUGUACUCAAAUGACAUUGAGUUACAUUAAGCUUUAACACAUCCAUUUUCAAUAACGUAAUUUAAGAUAUUUUAGCAGGUGUUAUGUAAUAUCGUAUUGCCUGGGCCAACGCAAAUUUCUGACACGAUUCAUGUAUGAAUUGUAAAUGUCAUUUGUUAUUGUUCUGAGAUCAUAAAUAUAACCAGUAACAAUACUAUCUUAGUGGGACAUGUCGUUAUUUUGGCAAAAACAUACAUGCCCUCAUUUUUAACCAUAAUUACAUAAAUCUUUAAAUUAUAGGUGAUUUGUUCUAAAUAUGAGCUUUAAUAAAGCAAAUUAAACCUUCAAAAUAUCUGCGCGAUUCAGCAGUAAUAUCGGUGUUCUUUUUUCUACACAAUAAUCUUUGUUAAAAGUCCUAGUUUUGCUAUUUAUAUAUUCCUUUGUGUAUUUAAUGUCAUGGCCACAUCAAAUAUAUUAGAUACUUCUACAUUGCACUUAAAAUCUGUUAAAAGAAAGAAAAAAGUAUUCCAUCAUAAAAUGGGCCUCUCAAAAACAAAAGUUGAACACGAAAAGAAACAAAAAUAUAUAAAAAUCAUAAUAAAUAAAUACAUGAAUAAGAGAGGGAAAUAUUGUUUCAUCUUUUCAGAGCGAAAUUAAAAAGUUGUAUAAAAAGUUUAUUUUAAGUCCAAAUUUUGAGUAAAAAUAAUGGUAACUCAAAUUUGAAAAUACAGAUUCGGCUCCACUCCAAUCAGCGCCCAAAGACAAGUCUCGAUGGCCUGGUGGUUUAGUCGUCGGUGUUCUUUUUUUCUUGAAUAAAUCGGUGUGGGUACGCACCCCCCCCACCCCCCCCCCCCAAAAAAAAAAUAAUAAAAAAAUAAAUAAAUAAAAAAUAAAUAAAUAAAAAAUAAAUAAAUAAAUACAUAAAUAAAUAAAAUAAAUAAAUAAUAAUAUCUAAACUAUAACUGUAUUUUUCUGUAACUUCGAUAUCAAAUGAUGAUUAAAUAAGAGUUUACAAAUGCAUAUUAAACUAAUGUUGGUCCAAAAACAUGAGUUCUACAUUCAAUUGAUAGUUACACGUACAAGUACAAAUAAAUGUAUUGUUUGCAAAAUCUCCAUUUGAAUGUUAAUGCGAAUAACACGAUAAAAUGUCACAAAAGUCAAUGAUUGCGUUUAUUCAUUGCACACUUUGAACAAAUAUUGAAAAACACUAGUAGCUUUGUAGCUAUUUAUCGAAGUUUUAAACAAUGGGGUGCAUGCGCUUUUGGUAACUUAUUUCAGUCUGUAUUAUUGCGUUUGUGUCAGAAGCAAUUGAUACCUGAUGAUCAUACUGGAUAAUAGUAAUGAAGGAGCUAAACAUCAUCAAACAGGCAGUGUUCAGUUAUGUGUACAAAAGACAAAUCUUUAUUUUUAUUCAAUGGAAUGCAAAAUAUAAAGGAAAUAUUUUUAUAUUCAUACGUUGACAAUAAAGCAUAAUAAAAAAACGUUGUUAUUUUUCAAUUUCAAAUCACUUGGUCCCCUUCGAGCUCACGUGUUCUGACAUUUUAUAACCUUGCUUUACAAAUGUUUUGCAAAAGGUAAAUGUAUUGUUCUGAGAUUGUUGAUAUAUAUAUAUAUAUGGGUAAUUGAAUCAAUACGUCGUAAUUUUGACAAACAGAAACCCAUGACUGUAUUUCUAAAUCAAAUAUGUAUCACGAGCAGAUCCGAAAUAUCUAUUUUUAAAAUAAAAGUCACAGUUUAUAUAAUAAUUAUGCAUAUUAUCAUCCAUCUUCCAAGUUGCAGAAUAAUUAACUUAUUUUAAGAGCUAAACUUCGACUCUGUUUUAAAGCAUUAGAAAAGAACAAAACAUUAGGCGAUUGGUAAAGUGUUUGCAUAAAGGACGAAGAAGUUGUCAGCUGAUAUUUAUGAGAAAAAAACGAUAUCCUUUUCCAUUAUUUAUUGCCUGCUUUCAAUUGACAGUAAACAUACCAGCCGCGUGAGACAGACCUUGAAGGGCAUACAUUUGCCGCAUGCAUUGAAAAAUACUGUAGAAAACGUAUAAUAAAACCUCUUUGUGCACAGCUUGUUCUAAAGACUGUGUUCUCAAUUUUGGCUCUGGUAAUUUAUACCUUUUUGAAAAUUUGAAUUAACUCCAAAGCAAAAUUCAGCGAUCUUUAUUUGCUUUAUUGAUCAUCUUGAGUUCAUGGAAUACCCUUGGUUGUCCUUGUACAAGCUCAAACACUACAGCUAUUUAGACAAGUGCAAUGUCAUGGUCACUGCUGAUCAAGUACACAUGUUCUAAUGAAAUGUUACAAAAAAGAAAUGUGAAUAUGCGAGACUAGGACUACAAAUUCAUGAUAUAGGAAAAUACGUAUACAAGAGAUGUACUUAUGUCACAAGUUUAUGUUAUGUUCUUUUAUCAAUCUACAUA